UUAAGUCAAAGUGUAGCUUACAUAUCCAUAUAAAUUAGAAAUUGCAUUAAAAUAAAAUAAUAAAAUUAUAUUUUAAAUUUUCAUUUUUCCUUUAUUUACUUAAUUAUUUUUGUUAAAUUUGUUUGUAUAAUUAAUUUAAUCCUCGAUUUCUAAAAAUAUGUUACGCAAUUUAAAGAAAAUAGUACCACAAGUAACUGAGCAAUGGCGAGCUUAUUCUACACCAGCUUCUGGGUUUAGUUUAAAAUUAACAAACGAGCAACGUGAUAUUCAAGAAUUAGCAAGAAAAUUUGCUCGUGAAGAAAUAGCACCAGCUGCAGCGCAUCAUGAUAGAACUGGAGAAUUCCCCUGGGAUAUAGUCAAAAAAGCACAUAGCAUUGGUUUGAUGAAUGGUCAUAUACCUCAAGACGUUGGCGGUAUGGGAUUAAAUGCCUUUGAUUCAUGUCUAGUAACUGAAGAGUUGGCUUGGGGCUGCACUGGAAUAUUAUUAGCUAUUGAAGGAACAUGUUUAGGGCAAACACCUGUUGUUUUAGCUGGAAAUGCUGAACAAAAGAAAAAAUACUUAGGGCGUUUACUGGAAGAACCACUACUAGCGGCUUAUUGUGUAACGGAACCUGGAACUGGUUCAGAUGUAAGUGGUAUUAAAACGAAAGCUGAAAAAAAAGGAGAUGAAUAUAUAAUUAAUGGACAAAAAAUGUGGAUUACAAAUGGUGGAGUUGCAAAUUGGUAUUUUGUAUUAGCUAGAACAAAUCCUGAUCCCAAAAGUCCAGCUUCCAAAGCUUUCACUGCUUUUAUAGUUGAUCGUGAUACACCUGGUAUAACACCAGGCCGUAAAGAAAUUAAUAUGGGUCAACGUGCUUCUGAUACACGUGGUGUUACAUUUGAAGAUGUUCGAGUACCAAAGGAGAAUGUUUUGAUGGGUGAAGGUGCUGGAUUUAAAAUUGCUAUGUUAACAUUCGAUAAAACAAGGCCUCCAGUUGCAGCUGGCGCUGUCGGUUUAGCACAACGUGCUAUGGAUGAGGCUACUAAAUAUGCAUUAGAAAGAAAAACUUUCGGUGUACCAAUUGCACAUCAUCAAGCUGUUGCAUUUAUGUUAGCUGAAAUGGCAAUGGGUGUUGAAUUGGGCCGUUUAUCAUGGCAAAAAGCUUGCUUUGAAGUCGAUAAUAAAACACCUAAAAAAAGUAUGUUUGCUUCAAUUGCAAAAUGUUUUGCGUCUGAUAUGGCAAAUAAAGUUGCCUCAGAUGCUGUACAAGUUUUUGGUGGUAAUGGAUUCAAUUCAGAAUAUCCAGUUGAAAAAUUAAUGCGUGAUGCCAAAAUUUAUCAAAUUUAUGAAGGCACUUCCCAAAUUCAGAGAUUAGUUAUUUCCAGAGAAUUAAUUGAAGCCGCUAAGAAAGGCUUGCAAUAAUUUGAAUUUUUUUUUAUUUUUAUUACAUGAACUUGAAAAUAAGAAUGAAAAAUUGGCAUUUAUUUUGUUCAAAAUUAAAUUGAAAUUUUUUUUUAACAAAUUUGUAUGAUUUUUAGACUAGUUUAUUAUUUUACCCUUUCGAAAGUUUCCACUGUUCUUGUGUUUUUAUCCUGUAUCAUUUUAUAUAGACAAUAACAACUGACUGCACAAAGAAAAAAAGAAUUAAAUGACAAUCUUGUUAAAACACAUAAGUUAUGAUGGUUAUGAUUAAAUCAAAAAUUUUGAAAUGUUAUUUUUUUUUAUAUUUUUAUACAAAUGUUAAUAAGAUUUUAGAAAAAAAAAGAAAAAUAUUUAGUCUAUUUUUGUAUAAAAAUUUAAUAUUAAAAUUUUUUUAUGAACUA